AUGGCGUCGGUAUUUACUUACGACCCGGACCCCCCCAGGGUAUCUUCACCCUGGUCAACGUCCGGGUCUUCUACUCCACAGGCUGCCUUGACUGGCAACCGAAGCACGACCACUCGCACCCGCUCCAGCACAAACUUGGAGAAUGCGGGGCAUGAUUUUCUUUCUGACUAUGGGAUUUCCAAACUUGAACCUGAACCGCAAGAAGGUCCCACUGAGUACAAACUACAUCUCCUUUUGCGUCCCCGGCGGCCCUAUACUGCAAUGUCUACGGGUCAUCUCGUGGGUGGGUCAUAUAAUUUCCGUGCAAGCCUGUCCACGUCUGGCCCCGCACCCGCAGCGUCCUCCACAACCCCAAGUGAAGAGCCGACUUUGAGACAGCCGCAGUCUCGCUCAACGGACAGCCGCCAGCAACGCUUACAGCAAUUGACAACCCAGCUGCUAUGGCGUUUGCAGCAGUCCUCACCGUUCCACUCUUCUACAACGGCGAAUCUUGUGCUUCCUGUCCUCCCUGAAGCAACACCUAGAUUGGGGGCGACUCCGAAACCAUCACGGCUGCUGCCCGGUCUUGAAGAGAGUCAGGGUGCACUGUAUGAGAUUGGGGUCGCCGACGACGGAACGUUUGUAGGGCUCAUUCACGAUGAAUUGGAAGAAAGCUUGUCGAAUCUACAGGCCAUGGCUUCUAGUUUGGGCUGCAAGAUAGAAGUCCUCCGCAGAGUGAUAGUCGGUAAUUGUGAAUGGAUGGAGGACCCGGGUACUCAGGAAGCGAACCUGAGUAAGGUGCACGCCGAGGAUCUUUGGGUUGCGGAAGCACUGGUGAGCCCAGACUGGGACUAUUACCGCGUAGAAUUGCUCAAGUCCGAAUCGCUAGAGAAUAUGACAACGUCGGAUGCCACAAAGAGCUCGGGACCCGAUGGAUAUACGUCGAACACUGAUCAAAUCCGAGUAUCUAUAGCGGGCCCAAAUACUGUCGGCAAAUCUUCACUUUUGGGCACGUUAACGUCAUCCGUGUUGGACAAUGGAAGAGGGACGAGCAGAUUGGGUCUAUUAAAACACAGGCACGAGAUUUCAUCUGGGGUUACUAGCUCUGUCGCUCACGAACUUAUCGGCUACGCUCUGAAUACUUCGUCCUCUGAUGAUGUUGAUGUGGUCAACUACGCUUCAGGGAAUGUUGCAGCGUGGGACGACAUCCAUGCAGCUUCGAAUGGCGGUCGUUUGGCUUUCGUUUCCGACCUUCCUGGAUCAGUGAGGUACUUGAAGUCUACUUUACGAGGACUAGUCAGCUGGGCUCCCCACUAUGUGUUUCUUUGCAUUGCUGCCACUUACGAAGAAGAGGUAUCUGUCGGAUCUGGCUCUGAUACGUCAGAGCAACCGAUGGACAUGAACCUGGCCUUGUCGUACCUGGAACUUUGCACCAAACUAGAAAUUCCGGUUGUUGUCGUUAUCACCAAGAUGGAUCUUGCGUCACGAGCUGGCUUGAGGAAUAUUCUCGCCAAGGUGCUGUCGGCAUUAAAGGUUUCGGGCAAGAAGCCGGCGAUGCUCCCUGUCCCAUCCAACCCGUCCCAAAAAGCUGUAGACCUCCAGCACAUAAAGUCGUCCGAUGCAGCAGAAGUGAAAAAGCUUAUAUCUACAACCCAUAACUGGAUGGAAACAGUGCCCAUCGUACUUACAAGUGCUGUCGAUGGCUCGGGAGUAGACAAACUUCAUGUAUUGCUUCGAAAUUUGCCAAUCCCGUCAAGAACACCUCUUCGAACCCUCAGCAUGCCAAACCCAUUGUCAUAUUCAGUGCAUCCAACGACCGUUUUUGACGUUGAUGAGGUAUUUGCGAUCCCUCCGUCAAAAGUCUAUUCAGAACAGCGUCAACAAAAUCAUGGUGUAGUUCUCUGUGGUUUGAUCCGCUAUGGGUCUAUUUCUGUUGGCGAUGAGCUCGUAAUUGGGCCUCUCAUAUCUAGUCCCGCGCUGGAAUCUGGGAAUAGUCCAGGUUCCCAGAAGCCUCGACAAUACGGCUCAUACCGCAGCCGACCACCAUCUGGCGAUUUCUCGAGCUCCUUUCCGCCGAGUUCAUACCCGCCAAAGACCUUGUCAACAACGCAAGUGCAUUGGCAGCGUGUUCGGGCUGUCAGCGCUCGAAACCUACGGCUGCCUGUCCAGAAAUUGACAGAGGACCAAGUCGGCACAAUUGGAAUCGAACCUCUGUGCACUACGCCAGACGAGCAACCUCCGCGCCUUGGGAAAAUUCGAAAGGGUGUCAUCCUAGCUAGCCAGUCUAUGUCUUCCGUUUCUCGCUCUUUGCCGACCCUGACUGGAUUUGUCGCGAGCUUCGCCGCUAGCGAAUUCUCGUCUUCCCUGUCCCCACCAGUGUUAUUGGGUGGCAAUGCGAUAGCCUAUAUCGCAAAUGUCCGAACGACUGUGAAAUUGACGUGCAUGGCCCUAGCGGGUGAUGAAAUCAUAUCAUCCCCACCGUCUCCCACUGAGCCGGAAUUUUUCAGCUUCGAUGCGGAUUCGCCGAGUAAGCCGGAAGUGAAUAAGAUGAUCAAUACCUCGGACAAUGCGGUAGAAGGCAACAUCGAUAUUACCUUUUCCUUCGUUACUUCGGCUGAGUGGGUGGAAGUUGGGUCCAGGGUGCUUCUUAUGCCGGGUGCGUCGGCUGCUUUGGCUUCCACAGAGGGCUCCAGUUCCCCGUCUGGUCUUGAAGGAUUCGUUGGACGUAUUCGUGAAGUAAUUUAUUCCGAGUAG